UAAGACUUUCACGUGUGUCUGUGUGUCGAAGCUAAGCCGACAUCGUUUUGUGUUUAAGGUCGUGAAAGGACGUUACUUUUACAAGUGUUCAAAUGGCAAACUGAAACCGAAAGGAUGCGUUACCGAGUACGGCAAGCAACUGGACCUGUGGCAAUCGUACGAGGUGAACGGCUACCGCAUGAUGUGCGCCAUCGACAAGGACAACAUCUUGUACUACAAGUUCACCGGCUGUGUGAUCAGCAACAAAACCUACUACCCGGGCGACACUUGGGCCGACCGCUUCUUCUGGUACAGCUGCAGUCCGUCCGGCAACGUGUUGACGAUGGAGAUCAAGGGUUGCGUUGUGGACGGUCAACGACUGAAGCCGGGCGACGAGUUUCUGAAAGGCGAGUUCUACUUCCGGUGCUACCGUAAGGUCGGCGACUCAAUGGCCACUCGCCCGGUGGCGUGUAGCCACAACGGGCGAAGGUUCGAGAUUGGCGACUUUUUGGAUGGCGACAAGUUCUGGUACGUGCCGGCGUUGUGGUUCGUUUGGUUCGUUCGUGAGAGGUGUGAUCGGCGGUGUUUCAGGUACGCUUGCAGUAUGGCGAACGGUCGUGCGUUCAAGAAGGUGGUCGGUUGCAUCCAUCAGAAGAAGCGUCUAAGCGAUGGAGACCGAUACUUCGUCGGCGAGACGAUCAUCGAGUGCACAAUCCGAAAGGACACGCACGAGCACCGCAUCGUUGGCUGUGCCCAGAAAGAGGACGACAACAGUGUCACUCAGCGCAGGGUCGGCUGCCAGUGGAUGGAAGGCAAUUCACCGUUCCGGUACAUUCGAAAAUGCGUCGUGCAGAAGGACCGCGUAGUCACCGAAACGGUGGAGUGCUAUUACGAGGUAAGGGGAGGAGGUUGA